AUGGAAAUUAUUGAAUUUCUACAAACAACCGAACAAAAAAAUACUAAAAGUUAUAUUGGAAUGAAGGUUAAAGAAAAGCUAAAGGAAUAUGAAGGGGUGUUAAAAGAACGACAACAAAUUUUAGCAAAUAUUUUAGAUUUUGAAAAUAUGCAAUACAAUGAAGAACUUAUUCUACUAAUGAAUGAAAAAUUAAAUGAACAAUUUCGAAAACGUCUUGACUGGCUAAAUACGAAACGCAUGGAAGAGCACGAGGCCCAAGAGGAACUAGUUAAAUUAAAAAAUCAACAAAGAGAAUUAGAAAAUUGUGAAGAAUGGCGACAUUUGCAGAGCAAACAACUACUUCUGGACAGCAAAAAAGGACAACUCUAUCAAAUCGAAGAAAAGAAGAUGAUAAUACAAAAAGAAAAGGAAAUCGAUCAAAAGUGGCAUGAAGUAAUGCUGCGUUUAAAUCGUGAGAAAGAAUAUCAGGAGAUAUAUGAAAAUAAAUUACUUAAAGUUAUAGAAGAUGCAAAUCAGUUGAAAAAUCAAGAAAUCCAUGAUCGUAUUAAAAAGCAACAGCAGGAAGAGUAUGAACAAAAUAAAAGGGAAUAUCAAGUGGAAAACCAAAAAGCUUUAUUCAUGGAAGAUAAAUAUCGACGAAAUGAAAAACGCAAAGAAAUCUUGAACAGAACUCGUCACGAUCAAUUGCUAAAGUCCCAAAUUGCAGAUAAUUUUGAAAGAAUGCGCUUGGAAACUGAAAUGUCUUUGAACGAAGCUCGCUUGCUAAAGGAACGUGAGGAUCAGCAAAUUUUGUUGGAACUAGAUCAAACUGAGAGAGAAAAGAUGCGCAAUAAUGUUUGGCAAAAGUAUUAUUUAAAAAAUUGUCAAAAAGAGAAGCAACAAAAAUUGAAAGAAACCAAUGAUUUUGAAGAAAAAUAUUCAAAUACUGGGUGUGUUUUGCAGCAAAGUCUUAAGAAACCAUAUGGUAAAAGUUCGCGUUAG